AUGACAGAUCUGGAGUCAAACUUGUGUAGAGUGAUGGGCAGUACUGGCCAAGGCCUGAAUGUUCUGCCUUACAGCCGGAUCACCUUUCAGGAUACUGUGCUGCUUUCUGGUCUGGAGAAGCUGCCUGUUUCUCAAGACUCAGACAGCCAGAGUUGGAGGUCUCUUGACAGUCCUAGCCCACCUGCCACUCCUGAACAACCUCUACCCACCUUCUACCUGCAGUACUUUGAUAUGCUUUAUCCAGAAGACAGCAACUGGGUCCCUAAGGCUCUGGGUGAGAGCCAGCAAGUCACCAGCCAAGGGGGCAGGACUGAAGUGCCCAAAGAACCCGAGCAGUGCCCUAUCAUUGACAGUCAGGGUUUGAGCCUCACUCCUGAUAUGGACUACCAAGCCAGCCUUCAUCUGGAAGAGCACUCCCUGGAACAAGUUCAGAGCAUGGUGGUGAGUGAGGUGCUCAAGGACAUUGAAACCGCUUGCAAGCUUCUCAACAUUGCAUCAGACCCUGUUGACUUAUACCCUGCUUGGAACGUCCAGAAGUGGAUCUUGUGGACUGAACACCAAUAUCGCUUGCCCCAGAUUGGGAAAUCAUUCCAGGAUCUUUCUGGGAAGGAUGUAUGUACCAUGUCUGAGGAACAGUUCCGUCAGCGAUCCCCAGCAUGUGGCGAUGUCUUACAUGCUCACCUGGACAUUUGGAAAUCAGCUGCUUGGAUGAAGGAGAAGACUGCCCCUGGAGAGAUGCAUUAUUGUGCCACUGUCUUUCUUCCUAUAGGGAGUGAAGAGAACUGGACAGACAAUGAGGUGGAUUCAUCCUGCUCAGGCCAGCCCAUUCAUCUCUGGCAGUUUCUGAAAGAGCUUCUGCUGAAGCCCCAUAACUAUGGACGUUUCAUUCGUUGGCUCAAUAAGGAGAAAGGUAUAUUCAAAAUUGAAGAUUCUGCUCAAGUGGCUCGGCUGUGGGGAAUCCGCAAGAACCGUCCUGCCAUGAACUAUGACAAGCUGAGCCGCUCCAUUCGGCAAUAUUACAAGAAAGGGAUAAUUCGGAAACCAGACAUCUCCCAGCGGCUGGUCUACCAGUUUGUACACCCUGUGUGA